GCAGCGUUCGAUGCGGAAGUUUGCGCUCAGAGAAACAGCGGAGCAAGCUGCAAAUCAGCUGAAAUUCAACUCUAAGCGAAAUUCCACAUUGGUAUAGUGAGUAUUGGGACAUUCGAGUCAGAAUAUCCACCGGUCGUAUUGAUUGCGUCACAUCCGGAAGCUCCUGAUCUUGUAACACUGACCGCGUACAAACAUAGCGCAAGGUUGUCUGUGCACCAACCAUGAACUGGAUCCAAAGAAUAUUUCAAAGAAGACAGAAAGGUGACACACCAUCCAAGCAAAAUUUGCCUGUUAAGCAAAAAAUAUCUCAUGGCGUUGGACACAUUUUGAACGAUCUCGCGGCCAGCGUUUGGUUCAGCUACUUGAUUAUUUACCUAACAAAAGUUGCUGGCCUGUCAAACAGAAACACCGGACUUGUAGUAUUUCUUGGACAGAUAGCUGAUGCAGUCUGUACACCGUUUAUUGGGAUUCUUUGCGAUCGAACAGUUUGUCGAUAUGGGAGACGAAAAAUAUGGCAUUUGAUCGGUACUGUGUUGACCAGUAUCUCAUUCCCUAUGCUGUUCAUCCGGAUUCUACCUGAGGGUUCCUCGACGACGUUAAAAGUCAGUUAUUUUGUUGGAAUCGCUGCGGUGUUUCAAUUUGGAUGGGGUAGUGUACAAAUAAGCCAUUUGUCUCUUAUCCCAGAGAUCUGUCACAGAAAUAACGAAAGAGUAGAGCUGAAUGCCAUCAGAUCUGCCCUGACUUUUGUCUGUGGUAUUUACGUGUACACAGUGACAUGGAUUUUACUGGGAGAGAAUUCAGACGCCGAACUACUGCCGAGUGCAUGGAAGCAGUUUAUGUAUUUAUCUUUGAUUAUUGUUGGAACUGGAAAUUUCUUCAACCUGUUCUUCCAUAUCAUCACAAAAGAACCAAAAUCUGAAGCGCUGUUGAAAUGGCAAGCAAAACAGGAAAAGAAGAAAAAACCGAUCGCGGAAAAACACCAAUGCAAUGGCAAUGCCAAAGUUCCAACACAAGCUGUAUGUAAGCAAGAACCGACUCGACGAAGCGGCGCGACUCCAACUAUAUUUGUUUCACUGUGUGAAGAAAAACAAGGAAACCUUUCAAAGAAAGAGGUGGCCAGCACAGAUAGCACUGUCAGUUUUAGUGAACAAACUCCUUUAGUUGACAUGGAAAAACAACCUCUGGAAAUAAUUGACAGAUCGGCGGACGUGCCGAAUCCUCCUAAGGUGCAAUACAAGACGAAGAAGGAGUGGCUGAAAGAUCCAACGUUGUAUAAGGUUGCAGUCAUCUACAUGUGCACUCGCCUAGUGGUAAAUAUCUCGCAGUCUUACCUUCCUAUAUACCUCACUGAUACUAUGGAAUUUCAAAAGGAAGCGAUUGCAUACUUUCCUCUGGUUGUUCUUAUUAGCGGAGUUCUAGCAAGUCUCUGUGUAAAACCAUUGACAAAAAAGCUGGGAAGCAAGAUAACGUACUGUAUUGGUUCAAUAAUGGCUCUUGGUGCAUGUCUCUGGUAUUUUGUCCAGUCCAUUGAAGGCCGUAAUGCUAUUUAUGCCACAACUGUCUUGAUGGGCACAGGUGGCUCUGUUAUGCUUGUCACAGCCCUAUCGUUGAUAUCAGAACUAAUUGGACAUGACAAGAAAUCUGGUGCAUUUAUUUAUGGUGCUAUAAGCUUUACCGAUAAACUAUCAAGUGGUGCUGUCAUUGCGAUUAUUCAAGAGUUGAAUCCAAGGAAAGACCCCGACUCUGCUUGUCCAAGUUGUGGAGAAUAUGUUAGAUACAUUCAAAGUAUUGCACCUGGCAUUGCAGCAGCAAUUGCACUGUUAACAGCUGUUUUCUUCUUUGACUCAAUAUUUGCUUGCAAGAGAAGAGUUGAAAAAUCCGAUGCUGCAGUUCAAGUUGGCUGCGACGAAGAAUUGGGAAACGAAGAAAAAGAAGAAGAUGAAACAGAACACCCUAUCAUACUCCACAAUACACUAGAAUCGCGCGAUUCCAAUCAUAAUCUAUCACAAAGUGAAACAAAAGACGACACAAACUUUACUUCAGUUGAAGAACGAAAUCUUGGCGAUGGAACUGCUCCAGUUUGGUGCCCACGACAAAGUGCUCAACGAUUAGCAAAUGAGGUUAUACCUUCUCCGCUUGCUGACAGACGAACAAUAGUAUGAUAUAUCAUACACAAGGCUUUAAUUAGAAUCUAAAUUAAUGCAUUCAUAGCUUGUAUGGCGAUCGUUUCGUUAUGGGGAAGGGUAGAAAGCGUUUGUAAAACGUUUAUGGUAUAUUGGUGUACGUAGGUGAUGAGGAGAGGGAGGCAACAAAAGGAAAGGAGGCUCAGUUCCUUCCCGUCUGUCUUUGCGUUUUGCAGUGCUCAUUUUUUUGCAGUGCUCAUUCACACAGGUAUCCCAACACGCCCAACACAAUGAGUCACUCUUCCUCGCGAAAUGAAAUGCUUCCUACUCAAGACACCCAUGGUACCUUGUACUCAUGCACUUGACGUCACUAAUGGACGCAUCAAUGGUAAAUCAAAUUUACCUCAUCUUAAGCCGGUCUCUUUAUUGGGAUAUUUAUAGCAUUAAAGAACUAUCACGUAAUGACCAAAGAAACAGCGUUUGGACUCUCCGUGUUAUUUUGGCCAAUAAUAGCACGCGUUAUGUAUGAGUGAUUUUGGCCAAUCAGAACGCACGUUAUAUAAGAAUUAUUGUUAAAAUGUGCGCAUGUACGAUAGUUGAGUCUCAAAGAGUUAAAAGGACUUCCGUGUACUAAAGCAUGACGUUUCUAAUUAUAAUUUUAUUUUCAACUUUCUUUGGUCACGUGAAAGUUCUUUAAAGAAUAAAUAGUACUUAAGUAACCAUGGUUACAGUCAUUUUGGAAUUGCACAUUGUAAAAAAAAAAGAAUAUUUAAAACUAAAACACUCAUAAAAUAGCACUACUUUUGACAUUGCAGACGCAUGAAAUAUUCUUGAAAUUAUUAUUUAUCGAUUAAAAUUUUUGUAUAGAGAUGAUUUCUAACAUAAAAUAAA